AAUACAAACAAAUCAUUUCUCUAUGACUCGGGGGUAAGAAGACCAAUCAGGAGCAGCAGUCGACGUAGGCCGGUCUCGCAUUAUCAACGAAUCCUAAUGCGGAUUCAAAGCUAUACAAUUUUCGACGAUAUAGGCUACUACUUAAUUCUGAGGACUGUAAAAUAUUUCCCGGCGCCAGACAAAUUUACCCAAAAUAAAAGCCUAUCGGCUUGACAUUAGAGUGAAAAGGCAAGGCAUGGCUGCUGCUCAAAAGCCCUGCAUGCCCUCCGCAAUUUGUUUGCAACAAUCGCGGUCUCAUUCACUUUGCCGGAGAUUAACAUUUGUAAGCACUUCAGCUCUGAGAGCGAGAAAGGCACUAUGUCUCUCUUCUCGGCCUCGACCUGCAUUGAUAUUGAUGCAUCUUCCUACAGCAAACUCAGAAUGGGCGUCCAUGGACGAAAUCCCAAAAUGGUCCCCAAGAGCCACAAAAUCUUUCGCCAUGGCAGAGACAGAAGCUCGCAGGAUGAAAUACCCUAAGAUUGGUACAGAAUCUCUUCUUAUGGGUAUUUUGACAGAAGGUUCCAGUAAUGCUGCCAAGUUUUUAAGGGCAAAUGGAGUAAAUCUUUUCACUUUGCGAGAAAAACUAGUGCAAUUGCUAGGAAAAGCUGAUUACCGUUAUAUGACUCCAAGAAAAGGAGUACCAUUAACUGAACCUGCACAGAAGGCAUUGGACUGGGCAGUUGGUGAGAAGAUUAAGUCAGGGAAAAGUGGUGAACUAACACCCACUGAUAUAGUACUUGGAAUCUGGGCUCAAAAGGGUUCUGCUGGUGAACGUGUAUUGGCUGCUUUUGGCAUUGAUGAUGAGAAACUAAAAGAACUCGAGUCUAUGGGGGAGGAAAUGGGUGGAGGACCAAAGCGAUUUUUUUCUCUGUCUGCCAUAUCCAGAUAAGGUCACAAUAAACAAGCAGGAUUUUUUACGGGUGCAUGGGGUGCGGUUUUCAGCUUUUUUUGAAGUUAAUGUUCUUUCAGUACAGUUUGUUGAAUCUAGAAGGAAGUAUAGUAUGGUGUAUUUUCUCCAUUCAAAGAAUUUUGAUUGUCAAUAUAUGCGGAAAAUUACUCUUUUGUGAAUGCCAAAAAAUUAAGUGAUUCAGAACCCUUCUGGAAUAUAAUUUCAUUAAGCA